AUGCGUUUCACUACCUCUGCAGUGGCCCUUCUCGCCACCGGUGCCCUGGCAGCCCGGCCCUUUCUGGAUGAACCUGACACUGGCAUCUCAGACGUGAUGGGAGGACUGGCCAAGGGUCAGCUGCCUCCCCUGGCCAGAAUGGUGGCGCUCAACGAUUUCCAGUUUGCGGCUCGCAACUAUUUGCCCGUCGUAAACUACACAUACUAUCGCAACGGUGCCGGCGGCGAGUGGUCGUACCGCAACAAUCUGGAGGUCUACAACCGCUACCGCUUCGUCCCACACACCGUGGUCGACAUCACCAGCAUCGCCAACUCCAUGAACACGACCAUCCUAGGCCACAACAUCUCGUCGCCGCUGUUUAUCAGCCCUUGCGCCCGUGCCGGCUAUGGCCACCCCGAUGCCGAGCUGAACCUUGUCCGGGCUGCUGCUGCCAACGACAUUGCCUACAUUAUCUCUGGCUACGCCACGCUGCCAUUGCCGCAGAUCGCUGCCGCCGCCACGAAAGACCAGCUCCUCUUCAGCCAGAUCUACUUCAACAACAACGACACCUACAACACGGAGCAUAUCCACCUCGCUGAAGCUGCUGGUGCCAAGGCCAUCGUCUGGUCCGUCGACUCGCCCGGCAGCCCUAGCCGUCAGCGUGCUGCCCGCUAUGACGUCGGCUCGGCCAACACUGUCUUUUUCAAGAACACGUGGGAGCGCUACACUCAGCUCCAAGCCCAGACCUCGCUGCCCAUCGUGCUCAAGGGCAUCAUGUCGGCCGCCGAUGCCCGCUCUGCCAUCAACCACGGCGUGAAGGCUAUUAUCCUGUCGAAUCACGGUGGCCGCAACCUGGACGGGUCGCCAUCCUCGCUCGAGGUGGCUCUCGAGAUUCACAACAACGACCCGUCUGUCUUCCAGGACGUCGAGGUGCUGGCAGACGGUGGCAUUCGAUACGGCACAGACGCGCUGCGCCUGCUCUCGCUCGGAGUCAAGGCAGUUGGCAUUGGCCGGCCCAUCAUGUUCUCCAACGUCUUUGGCGAGCAGGGUGUGACCAAGGCGGUCGGCCUGCUGAAGAACGAGCUGCUGAACGAUGCGGCGAACCUGGGAGUGGCUGACAUUAAGGCUAUCAAUGCCAGCUACGUUCAGUGGACGCCCAACAACUGGUACAGUUAA